UUUUAAAAUGGCUUAAAGAUAAGUAAACAUGUUCCUGCUUGCUAUUUUGAUCCUUUCUGUUUGUGGAUUUUCUGCAGCAGGGGAAAAACACCUGCUUUGCAGAUCAGAUGACCUAGACAUUUUGUAUUCCUCCUGCGGUCCUGGAGCUGCCAUGUUUUCUUUUACAGUAGAACCGUGUUCAUUGAAGGUUUCUGUAUGGCGGGGUCGUAUGUUCUGGAUUCCAAAGGCUGAUAUAACCAUCUUGACAGCACGUAUACACAUAUGGCAUGAAACACUGCAUGUCUUUAAAUGGAAAGCUACUCUUUGCCAUGGUGUAGAUGAUGAUUAUACAUUUUGUGGUGCUUUGAAGGGAGAGACAAUCAACACAACCAUGAGGAUCAGUGGUGCUCAGCCAACAUAUCUACAGGGAGAAUAUACAGCUGUCUUUGAAGCAUUCUCUGGUCAUUUUGAAGAAUUGAUAGCCUGCAUGAAUUACACACUAAAAAUUAAACAGAAGCUUUAUUGAAUAGAAGGUUACUUUGCUCUAGCAAGAAGCAGAGACGAAUAAUUCCACAUAAAUCAUCUUUGGUUUGUGUUUUCCGGGAACAAGAUCUAAUAAUUUCUAAGAAUACAAAAGUCAUUUUCAUGAUAUUUCCUCAUUAAUAUUUCCUCAUUAAUUUACACAUACUUUCAUAUCAAAUGGGACUCAAAGCAUUACCAAAGCAUUGUUCGAAAUGCUAGCAACAACUGGUUGCUUCCAUAGUUUUUUCAGCAUUGCUUAACAAGAAUUGUUUUGGAUCACACCAAAGGCCUUAGCAGUUACACAUUCUUUUUAAUUUCAUUUUAAAAAUGUAUUAAGCAGCCUUGAGCCACAAAAAUACCUGCAUGGUCUACAAAUCAUAUAAAUAAAAUUAGGAGAGAUAGCAA